UCGCCACUCAUUUCCUCUCUUCUUCUCCCUCCUGCUAGUUCUGAAUCAAUCUUCCAUUUUUUCAUCGCAGUUAUGACCGUUAAGCAUCUCUAUCAAGUCCCUUGGUUCACUGGGCUCAGUGCUCCCUUUGGCGACCAUGGAAAUUACCGCAUUUCACUUAGCAACGGAUUUCCGGAUUUAGCCACAUGUUUCAUCAAAUUCAGAAAGCAGAGAUAAUAUUUCCUUUUACUUAGUGAACGGUUGGAUCACUCUGUAUCAACCAAUCAGACUCUGAUGCUUCAGAACGAGGGGAAGAGAGGAAGAGAGAGUCAUGAGGCUAGAGGUGGAGCGAUCCCAACCCUUCACUAAGUAAAAGGAGAUAUCAACGAGCCAACCCAGUUGUAAGUAAAGAAGUGGAUGUUACCAAGAACAAAAGAAAGAAACUGAACAAGUGUAUCCUCUCCAAGUUUCAUUCAUGGCAUUAAUUUGUUUGUGUAACUUUCAUGCUGGGGUAUAAGGGUUUACAUCCUCAGCCACGUGGCAAAUUGCCUUUGCUCACACUUGCCUUUGCAUCCCAAACACUAAAGACAGACGUUCCCAACGACAAUAACACAUUGGGUUACCCACUGCCACAUCUCAUUGGAAAAAUCUACACACACAAUUCCUCCAGCCAUGAUACCAAAGCGUUACUUACAAGUUUAUUACUAAUAUAUGUUGCUAUUUCUUUUUUUUUUUUCUUUUUUUCUUUUUAAUGUAGAGUUAUGGCCAUUCUCUCGUAGUUAAUCUCCAACAUUCAAACCUCAUCUUGGAGGAUGGAAUGAACAAGCUCUCAUUUGCUUGGCUUUUGCUUUCGUUAUCUUCGUCUGGUCCCUUGAGAAUAGAUAGAGAUCAACACAUAAGCAUGGGUGAAUAAUAAUCUUGUGGCAGCUAUAUAACCAUGAAAUCGUUUCUUCUGCAAAAUGUCCGUUGCUUCCAUCAACAACUUGUGUCUCCCCUCUGUCACUGCAAAAACCUUUCUCAAAACAACCACGUUACGUCCCUUUGUCUUCGCAACACUCACCCCACCCACUUCUUCUUCUUCUUCUUCCUCCUCUUCCUAGUUCCCUUCUCUCAUCCAAGACAAGCCUGUCUUUGCUGCUCCUGCUCCAUUCAUCACCCCUACUUUGAGAGAGGAUAUGGGGAAGGACUACGAGAAAGCCAUAGAAGAACUCGAGAAACUUCUAAGAGAGAAGGGUGACCUGAGAGCCGUUGCAGCUGCAAAAGUAGAGCAGAUAACAGCUGAGUUAGGGACGGCAACACAAACAGUUGAUGGCGUGGCAUCAUCCGAGGCCUCUGAAAGGAUCAAAACUGGUUUCAUUCACUUCAAGAGAGAGAAAUACGACAAGAAUCCAGCUUUGUAUGGUGAACUUGCCAAGGGCCAGAGCCCAAAGUUUAUGGUGUUCGCUUGCUCAGACUCAAGAGUGUGCCCAUCUCAUGUGCUAGAUUUCCAGCCUGGAGAGGCUUUUGUGGUCAGAAAUGUUGCUAACAUUGUCCCACCUUACGACCAGACAAGAUACGCUGGAGCUGGGGCUGCCAUUGAGUACGCAGUUCUGCAUCUCAAGGUUCAGAACAUUGUGGUCAUUGGGCACAGUGCUUGUGGAGGUAUCAAGGGGCUUCUCUCUAUUCCAGAUGAUGGAUCCAUCUCUACUGAAUUUAUAGAAGAUUGGGUGAAAAUAUGUUUACCUGCAAAGGCGAAGGUGAAAUCAGCACAUGCCGGUGCAUCUUUCCAAGAGCUAUGCUCACAUUGUGAGAAGGAAGCUGUGAAUGUUUCACUGGGAAACCUGUUGACCUACCCAUUUGUGAGAGAGGGAUUGAUGAACAAAACUCUGGCAUUGAAAGGAGGAUACUAUGACUUUGUGAAAGGGGGUUUUGAGCUUUGGACCCUUCAGUUUGGCCUUUCUUCUUCUAUAUCUGCAUGAACAUGAGCCAUGACUGACCUCAUCUUGCUUCCCUAAAAUCUAGUAUUGUCCGGCUAAAAGAAAAUGUACUUUGUUAUAAACCACGAUGAACGAGAUGGAGAUUCAAAAAAGAGUAGACGGCAGAUGAUUCUCCACUGCUAGUUCCAAUUAUUUAAGUUUCUUUUCCUGCAAGAAAUGAGGAGCAAUAAAACGUUGACAAGGUCUUUUAUUACCGCAUUUUUCUUCUUUGUUUGGUAAAAGAUAUGGUCACCAUUCUGCACUGGAAACUAUAGGGUCAUGCUCAGAGCUUGUGUCUGCAAUUAAGAGAGCUGCUUUGAGCUUUAUCCUAUAAUUAUGUUGUAUUAUUAUUACGAACUCAAUUAUGAAUAAAAGCCCCUUUUCUGAA